AUGCCUCAAUGCAUAAGAAUCCCUACGGAUGAUGCCAUAUCAACCAUCAACUACAUCGCAAUACAAGCAAUCUUCUAUGGAAAAAUGGCCAAGCAAGUGAUUGAUCAACAACCGGAUAGAACCAGGAAGCAUAUCGCCAGUGAUUACGUGGCUCUUCUCAACCAAGAUGGUGGACUUGAAGGGCAUGCAUUGAUGGAUGCAAUCGAUUGCAAUGAUGAAGAUUCUGGAAUGUUGCUUGGUUACUUUGGACGCCGUCAAGAGGAACGAUGA